UUGAUGAACUAUUCUUAUCAAUUGUAGUAUUAAUAAUAAAUAAAUAUCAAUCAUGGCUAGUAUGGGAACACCUGCCGUUGUCAUGGACAAUGGGACAGGGUUAACUAAGUUAGGAUUUGCUGGGAAUGAUUCACCAUCUUAUGUAUUUCCUACGGCAAUUUCUACUUCAACUGCUUCUAAAACUGGUAGAGGUGGAUCUGGAGGUAGACUGAAUAAUUUAUCAACUAAAAGAGGACUUGAAGAUUUAGAUUUUUUUAUUGGAGAUGAAGCUAUUCAUGCAGCAACUGGACCAAAUUAUAGUUUAUCUUAUCCAAUUAAACAUGGACAAAUUGAAGAUUGGGAUCAUAUGGAAAGAUUUUGGGAGAGUUCAAUUUUUAAAUAUUUAAGAUGUGAACCAGAAGAUCAUUAUUUCUUAUUAACUGAACCUCCAUUAAAUCCUCCUGAAAAUAGAGAAAGUACUGCCGAAAUUAUGUUUGAAUCAUUUAAUUGUGCUGGUUUAUAUAUUGCAGUUCAAGCAGUUUUAGCUUUAGCAGCAUCUUGGACUUCACCAAAAGUUCAAGAUAGAUCAUUAAGUGGUACAGUUAUUGAUUCAGGUGAUGGUGUUACUCAUGUAAUUCCUGUAGCUGAAGGUUAUGUAAUUGGUACUGCCAUUAAAAAUAUUCCAUUAGCUGGUAGAGAUAUUACAUUAUUUAUUCAACAAUUAUUAAGAGAUCGUGGUGAACCAGAUACAAGUUUACAAACUGCUGAAAGGAUUAAACAACAAUUUUGUUAUGUUUGUCCUGAUAUAGUUCAAGAAUUUAAUAAAUUUGAUCAAUAUCCUCAAGAGAAAUUUGCUCAAUAUAUAGUAGAAUAUGCUGAAAGAAAGGCAAAAGUUGAUGUUGGUUAUGAAAGAUUUUUAGCUCCAGAAAUCUUUUUCAAUCCAGAAAUUUGUUCAUCUGAUUAUUUAACUCCAUUACCAACAGUUGUUGAUCAAGUUAUUAAAGCUUCACCUAUUGAUGUUCGUAAAAAAUUAUAUAAAAAUAUUGUAUUAUCAGGUGGUUCAACAAUGUUUAAAGAUUUUGGUAAAAGAUUACAAAGAGAUUUAAAAUCUAUCGUUAAUGAAAGAAUUCAUUUAAGUGAAAAAUUAAGUGGAACUCAAAGUACUGGAGUUGAUGUUCAAGUAAUUUCUCAUAAAAAACAAAGAUAUGCUGUAUGGUUUGGAGGUUCAUUAUUAGCUCAAACUUCAGAAUUUAAGAGUUAUUGUUACACCAAAAGUGAUUAUGAUGAAUAUGGACCUAGCAUUGUUAGAAACUUUUCUUUAUUUAGUGUUCCAUAGUUGAAUAGAGU